AUGAUGGAGAAGUCCGUUAAGGUUUUCAACAUCUCCGCUAAAGUCACUAAUCAGGAUAUUGUUGACUUCUUCAAAUUUGCCGGAGUCGUUUCCUCCGCAGUUUUCAAAUCGGAUGAAGCAUCGACAUACCCUACAAAAAAGUGUGCAAUUUUGACGUUUACGGAUGGAAACGCAGUUGAGGCUUCACUGUUGCUUUCAGGAACUGUCGUUGGAGACCAGCCGAUCCAUGUGUUACGCCUUUCGGACGAGGAUUACCAUGAUUUUGCCUCCCAAGAGGCAAUGGUGAUUACGGCUGGAGUUCUCAGUUCAACAGAACCGACUCACAAAUCUGAAUCUGUCGUUGCGUCUCUGCUUGCCUCUGGUUAUUUGCUGAGUAAAGACGCACUGGAGAAGGCGAGAGCGUUGGACGAAAGUCAUGGCAUCAGCCAAACUGCAUCGACUAGUAUGGCGGCUGUGAAAGAGAAGACUGCAGCUACUGCUGCUGCCCUUGACAAGAGGUUUAACAUCUCUGAGAGGAUGAGUGGCGCGUCUGCUUCUGUCAGCAACGCGUUCUCCUCAGUGGAUAACACAUAUCAUGUGUCUAGUAAGGCGAAAGCGGCUGCAGCAACGGCAGAGGCGUCCCUCUCACAGGCUGCACAGCACGUGAUGAAGAAUCCAUACAUUGCUUCUGGAAGGGACUGGAUGGUGGGGACUUUUGAGCGCGGAAGGGGGGAAGGCGGGCGCGGCAGUGGCUGGCGGGAUGCCGCAGCGGAAUUGGAUGAAUUGGAGGGGGAGGAUGAAGCGGAGAAGCAGAAGGAGGAUGAGGAGGAUGAGGACGAGGCGCGCGUGCGGCGCGAGAAGGUGUCGUUAAAGCCGCAGAUUCGAUCCAUCAAACGGCUGCUGAGCAAGGUGGAUCUCCCCCCCGAGGCGCGGCAGCAGCAGGAGGCAAAGCUGGCGGAGCUGCAGCGGCGGGACGCGGAGCGCGUGCGCGCGGAGAAUCGGGCCGCGCUGGCGCGCAAGCUGGGGCAGAAGUACCGCAUGGGGCGCUUCUACGCUCAAAUUCACCUCCCCCUUUCCUUCCCCUCCUCCACCCCUCCGCCAUUCUCCCCUUCCCCCCUCCCCCCUGCCGCCCUUUCCCCUCCGUUUCCUCGUACCCUCCCCCCCUCCCCCCUCCCCCUCCCCCGCUUUUCCCCGGUGUUCCCAGACCGAGUGCCCAUUCUGCGGCGGUGCAUUCAGCAGCUGGAGAUGACUUUUGAGUCGACUCAAAAAGCCGCUGUCUGCCGUAUUCCCAGACCGAACCGAGUGCGCAUCCCACGGCGCAGCUGGGGAGGACUUUUGAGUCAUCCCUCCAAAAGCCAUCCCUCCCCCGGCCCCCCUUCUCUUCCCCCGCUGUCUGCCGUAUUCCCAGACCGAGUGCGCAUCCUGCGGCGCAUCAAGCAGCUGGAGAGGCGGUUGGAGGAGAUUGAGCGAGGGGGGGAGAGCAGAGGAGGGCAGGCGGGCGGGGUGGUUGCGAAAGGAGAGAGUGGGGAGGCGGAGGAGGAAGAGGGGGAAGAGGAAGUGGAAGAGGGAGAGGAAGAAGUGGCAGAAGAGGGAGAGAAAAUCGAGGAGCAUGGGGACGAGGAGGGAGGGGCGGGGGUAAAGGGAGGGGAGGGAGGAGAAGGAGGAGAGGAAUCUGAGGCAGUGGGGAAGAAGCAAGCAGGGGAAGCGUGGGAGGGGGAGUAUGGGGGGGACACGGAUGAUGACGAGGAGGAGGAAGGGGAGGCGGGUGAGGGGCGUGGGACGCAUGAGGGCGAGAGGGCGAGGAGGGCGCGCGUGGUGCUGAGUGAUUGUAAAGCCAUGGGGCGCGAGGAGGUGGUGCAGGAGCUGCGCGUGUGGCGAGGUUACUUGGAUUAUGUGCUGUAUUUCCCCCUGUGGCGGCACUACGUGUCAGUGGUUGUCAACCACGGGUGUGAGCACAACAGCAGCGCGGACGGCAAGCGGCGGUGGGGGAAGAUUCAGGCGCUGAUGCUGCUGGCGCAGCAGAACAAGCGGGAGACGGAGGAGAGAGCGCGGAGGGAGGAGGAGGUGCAGCGGGAGGAGAGGCAGAGGCGAGAGGAACGGCGCCGUGCUGCAUCUCUGCUGGAUGAUGCGGAGGUAGAGCUGCAGGACAGGAAGAAGUUGGCGGGGAAGAAAGGUGGGGAGAGGAGUGAGAAGGCUGGGAAGGAGAAGGGGAGGAAGGAGGAGGAGGGGAGAAAGGGGAGGGAGGAAGAAGCGCAGGCGAGCUUGCUGGUUCCUUCUGGAUUGAAUAAGAAGAAAGUUUUUGUGUAUGAUGAUGACGAGGAGGAGGAAAUGGAGGAGGGGGGAGGGAAGGAGAGGGAGGGGGAAAUGAGGGUGAGGGAAGAGAAGAGAGGGGAUGGAGAAGAGGUGUGGGAGGGAGGGGGGAAGGAGGAGGAGGAGGAGGAGGAGGAGGAGGAGGAGGAGGAGGAGGAGGAGGAGGAGGAGGAGAAAAAGGGGAGCAAGGACGACGGAAUGGACAUGUGGAAGAGGAAAAUGUUUGGCGACGGUAUAUUUGGCCUUGGGAAGAGAAGAGGUGGUGGUGGUGGUGGUGAUGUGACUGGCGGUGGUGGCGGCAUGAGUAGCAGUGGUGAUGGUAAUGUGGGAAGCCUUGGGGAGGAAGAGGAAGAGGAUGAGGAUGAGGAUGAGGAAGAAGCGAUGCUGAGGGAGUGGGAGAAGUAUGAUAGAGAGGCAGGUAGUGAUGAUAGUGAUGGGUUGGAUGGGUGGGAUGAGGAGGGAGAGGGGUGGGAUGAUGAUGAUUUCUUCCUCUCUUUGGAUGAGCAAGGAGAAGGGACCGCUGCUGCUACUGCUGAUAGCGAUGCUGCUGCUGAUGCUGAUGCUGAUGCUGCUAUUGGCAGCAAUGUGCAAAGAGGGCGAGGAGGACGAGAUAGAGGAGGGAUGGAAGGAGGAGGCAGAGGAGGAGACAGGGGAGGAGACAGGGGAGGAGAUAAAUGGGGAGGAGGAACAGGCAUGGGCAGACGGGCUUUGGGGGAAAGUGAGAAGGGUGGGUGGGGAGAGGAGGAAGGGAAAAGGGCUGUGGUGGAUGGUAAUGGUGGUGGGACUAGAAUGGGGAGGGAGAAGGGAGGAAUGGGAGGGCGUGCAAAGGGAGAUGGUUAUGGGAGGGGAGGCGGGGGAGGUAGAGGAGAGAAAGGAGGGAGAGGAGAAAGGGGAGGGAGAGGAGAGAGGGGAGGGAGAGGAGAGAGGGGAGGGAGAGGAGAGAGAGGGGGGAGAGGCGAUAGGGGAGAGAGAGGAGAGAGAGGAGGGAUUAGCACUACACGGGGUGGUGUUGGUUCUCCUGCGGUUGCUUCGUUUGGGAAGGGAGCACCACAGGGAGGAGGGAGGGGGCGAGGAGUGGAGGGGAGAGGAGGGAUGGGAAGAGGAGGGGAGGGAAGAGGAGGGAUGGGAAGAGGAGGGGAGGGAAGAGGAGGGAUGGGAAGAGGAGGGGAGGGAAGAGGAGGUGGCCGUUAUGGUGGCAGUGGUGGCAGGGAUAGGGAUACUGCCAUUGAAAGGCGAGGCGGUGGGUUUGGCACAGACAAGAAGAAAGGGGGGUUUGAGAGCAAGAACCAGGGGGGAAAUGCAACAGCCGCAACAGCAGCUACGGGGGGCCGUGCUGCUGGUGCCACUGGUUCCGGUGGUAGCAGAUUUGGCGGUGCUGCUGGUGCUGGUGCUAGUGCUGGUGGUACUGGUGGUGCUAGUGGAGAGAAGGUGUUGCUGCCAGCUAAGGGAUCAACACGGCUGGUGGAAGGUGUGGAAGAUUGA